GGGCAUCCUUUGUUUUGUUGAUACAUAACACACAACGAUAAAAUAAACAAAGUGUUGCGACUUGUCAGAGGCUUGAGCAGUUCUUUUAUAUUCACAAUUUUGAAUUAAGUGCACAGGUACAGCUUUGUUGUUGUUGGGUGAUGUCUCAAGAUGAGUCGGGAUUGAUUUUCACAACAUUUAUUGAUUGAAACAAGCAAUAACUCAACACUUGUUAAAAUGGCUGCUGUUCAAGAUGGAAUUGAGAAGCAAGAGAGACGAGACUCAUGUGAUUAUCAGAACUAUGCUUUCCCUGAAAACUUGCAAGCCGCUUUCUGUGAAAUGCGUCAAAAUGAGGACAUGAUUGAUGUAAUUCUGUGUGUCGGGGAUCGUGAAUUCCGAUGUCAUCGAACAAUCCUUGCAGCAGGCAGUCCAUAUUUUCGAGCCAUGUUCACUAAUAAUCUACGUGAGAAUAAUGAAGCGAAAAUCGUUCUACAAGAUGUAAAUCCCAUUAUGCUGGAGUUAAUUAUUGAUUAUAUCUACACGUCUAAGAUAAUUAUCACAACUGUUAAUGUAAAAGAGCUAUUAGCGACUGCGAAUUUCUUUCUUUUCAAAUCUCUUUUAGCAGCUUGUUCAGAUUUUUUAGUUCGUCAGCUAGAUUUAACAAAUUGCUUUGAACUUCAUGAAUUUGCAGAUCUCCAUGGUUGUUUUGAACUUAAACAAUCUGCGGAGAAAUUCAUUCUACAAAAUUUUGUAAAAUUUCGAAGAGAUGAGCAGUUUCUGAAUAUUAGUCCAAUUCAGAUGAACUCUUUUAUUGCUUCUGAAGAUGUUCAGGUGCAAAACGAGAAAGAGCUCUUUGACAUCGUCUCUGAUUGGAUCUUGCACGACAAAGAAAAUCGGCAACAGUAUCUACCUCAGAUGCUGUUCUUAAUUAGACUUCCCGUUCUGCCAGUCAAAACACUUUAUGAAAUCCAAACUGAUGAUUUAUUAAAGAAUCCAGAGUGUCAAGAAAUUGUGGAGAAAGCUAUAGAGGGCGCUUCAGGCCUGCAACAGGUUAAGCAUCCAUGGCGGAGACCAAGGCGGUCAAGUGAUUACACAGAAGUGAUGGUUGUUUUAGGCGGAGUGCAAAUGGCAAAUUUAAAGCAAAGAAAUAAUAUAUCAUCAUUUAGCUGUGAUCCUACCGUGACGUUAGAUUUACCGUGGAAGAAGUUGGCAAUGAUGCCCUUCUCCCUAAAAAGUGUAGUGAUGUAUGAUGCAGUUGUGUAUUACAACGAUAUCUACAUCACCGGCGGCUAUGAUGGCAAUCGUACCAAUCCAGUGCCAUCUGUAUGGCGUUACGAUACACAGAAGGAUACCUGGGAUGCUGCACCACCAUUGGUCAGGGCAAGGUACCAGCAUUGUUCUACUGUAGUUGCAGGAAAGAUGUACAUAGUUGGGGGAUUUGACAAGAACUCAAAGCUCAACUCUGUAGAGUGCUUUUCCCUAGAAACUAAUAAAUGGCAUCUGUGUCCACCAAUGCCAGAAGCCGUUGCAUUCCCCGCUGUGUGUGGCUACAAAAGGAAACUGUUUGUGAUUGGUGGAUUAUUGAAUCAGGAUGAUUCCAUGUAUGACAAGAUACAGUGUUUUGAUGUGGAUACCGAGAAGUGGACAGUCAUAUCAACGUUGAUUGUCAAAAGCAAAGCAUGCAAGAGCGUGGUGCUGAAUGAUAUGAUAUACAUACUAGGUGGUUCAAGUACUGUGGUACAGGUGUAUGAUCCGGGGCAAGACAAGGCAUUUGAGGUAGCACCCCUUCUCAGUAGACACAUCUGUACUAGCUGCACAGUUAUAGAUGGUAAGAUAUAUGUGGCUGGUGGAGAUAACAUGACAGAUUCUGAAAACUGGGAUGUGAUUGAAUGCUUUGACCCUGCCUCCGGCUGGUGGUCAGUUGCUGGGAAGCUUCCAUUCUCGAUGUUCUGGCAUAGUGCAUUGACUGUGAUCAAAGAAAAAGGCCCAUUUAUUAAUUUUAAUGGGUAUGUUGCUAAAGGACCGAGCAUGCUCUUUAGGACAGUUUACAGCUGUACUGACGACAGGAAAUCCGCCUUUGACCCCAGGUAGUAUUAUCCAUAGUAUGAGAAUUAAAAGUGCCCAAGAUGAAAGGUGUUGAAAGCAUUGACAUUGCACUGAAAGGUGCUAAACAAAAUGUGUUGAAAAAACACAGGUGCUACAAUUCCAAUUACUAGGCACAUGUGGGUGGAUAAGAUUAAAAUUAGAAGGACUCAUGUUCUAACAGAGUAUAUAACAAAUAUUUAUAUAUUAAACAAACAUUAUUUUAUUUCCAUUAAAUAUUAUUUAUUAAUGGUUCAGAAGGUAAAUUUUAUCCAAACAAUUUGAGAAUUACACUGCCCAUAUUUAAAAUAGUAUUCAAUUCAACACCUGUAAUUAUAAUUUUUAUAAUAGGUUUGGAGUGGAGUUGUGACUUGGUGGUUAGGGUGCUUGCCUUUCAAUCCUAUGGUUCUCGGUUCAAAUCCUGUGACAGGAGGUUUUCCUCUCAGAACUAAAGCAAGUCCAUUUCAUAAACAUCAUAAUGAGACUUAUAAGCAUGUUGGGCCCUUUGGGACAACAGUAGCAUAGUAUGGACCAGUAUUAAUAGGAAAUUUAAUAAAUAAUGAUAAACAGGGUUGAUUAAAUCAUUGGAUAUUAUCCAAGCUGCAAUACAAUAAGUGAUCAGCUGUUUGUUACAAGUAAUAAAGUGUGGUAGAUUUAUAAGUUGUAAGUAAUAAAUGUAAACAAUAAAGUUUCAUCACAUAAACAGAUUGGUGCUAAUUAUCAAUAAUAUAAAGGUAUUCAAGUAGAACAAAGGAGGUUACUCCACUUUAUAGUUGUAGAAUUUAAGAGUACAGUUGUACAAUUUUAGGAGAUAAGAUGAUAAAAUUCUGGUAGUGAAUCCAUUUUAUUACCGUACAACCUGUUUACUACUUCUUAAUGAUGCAGUCUUGCAUUCUGUCUGUCAGCCCAAUUGUAUUAAGUAGCAGAAGAUUGAUUUUACUUUCAUAAGUGCUUAGAAAUAAUUGAUAUUAAAAAUGUUCUGAUAAGUAACUUGAUAACAUAAUUGCUUUAUGCUGCAUUGUCUGGAUGUGGGUUACAAUGAUGAGUUGGUUAUACGAAAGUGCAUUGAAUGAAACAUGAAGCUAAAAGAAAUCUUUAAAAUUCAAAGUCAAUAAUAUCUGCACCUAACUGUACAGGUUUGAAUGCUGUCAGACCCAUUUUUCAUACAACUGAAAAAGGAACUUUUUGUUGAAGAGCUGUCCUUGAUAAGAUUAUAACAUCAUAUGAUACUAUUUGAGCACUGUUAUAAGUGGCAUAUCGAGGAGUCUUAAAAUGGUGGGGGGGGGGGGGUAGAGCAUGAAGGUAAGGUGGGGACUCAAGUAUUAGGUGAGAAGCAGCUAGCAUGCCAAAUAAGGUGAUUUGAGGUGAUUUUUACUUGAGCAUGAUUUUUUUUAUGGGGGUGGGGCUGAUUGGGUGCACUUCCACUGACUGUUAUGAAAUCUCUGUAUAUUCUGCAUAUAUACAUCAUUACUACUCGCAAUGUGUUUUAAAUCUAUCUAGCAUUAAUUAUUGUAGUUGUUGUUUGAAUGCUUGUAAACUUUCAGCAUAAAACCAGUGGUGUGUUUGUUUUGAUAUGCUUGCAGUAUGUAGCGUAAAUCCUUGAUCUAUGUUUUAAUUAUGUCUACCAAUUACACUUGCAUUGGUGUUGGUGGAGUACUUGCUGUCAAUUAGCAUAAAAUGUGUAACAACAUAAAGAAAAUGUCUUAAAUUAUAGGAAUAUGUAAAAAAGUUGUAAGCUUGUGUAUCCAUGGGACAUGCGCGUAUAUUUGAGCAGUGGUUACGUUUAAUUGACACUCUGGAAAGGGUAACUGUAGCAUGUGUAAUGAUGAUUGUAGCAUGUGAUGCAAUAAGAGUUGUAGUGUGUGUGUAGCAAUAAAAUCUAUAGCAUAUCAAGCAAUAGAAAUUGUAGCAUGAGUAGCAAUAACAAAAUAAUUGUAGUUAGUUCCUUACCUGGAGUGGUCUUGUAGCAUAGAAUUAUCACAUAAUACUUUAUGCAUUCAUUACAUUGAUGCUUGUUGUAUGUAUGCAGGUUUCAUCCCUCUAUUGUCGCAUGCAAAUCUUUAUACAGUUAUUUAUAUAAUCUUGUACAGUUAGAACCAUGUAUUAUUGAUUUCGCUAACAAAAAACGAUGUCUGUAUUUUAUUAAUAUUUAUAUAAUUAUGAGUGUGGUAAUUUGUUUGGAAUAUGAAUAUUUUGCAUUAAAUUCAAAAGUGGAAAAUAAAGUUAUAAUAUUUGUCCAGA